UCAAAACUCUGCAUCUAUAAAUAUGCAACGAAAUCCACACACAAUAGGAAAUCAUUACAUCUGUGAGUUUAGAAACAAGAGCAAUUUCAUCAAUAUUUCCGCACCCAAUCCAGUUCUUUUCAUCAGAGCUCUAAUCCUAUUUAAAUGGAAAAGAAGAAAUUGGUGAUCAAAUUAGAAGUACAUGACCACAAAGGAAAGCAAAGGGCCAUGAAAGCAGUUUCAAGCUUCCCAGGAGUUGAAUCAAUAUCAAUGGAUGCUAAAGAGAAUAAGAUAACACUAUUGGGAUUUCUGGAUCCUGUUAAAGUGGUGGCCAAGUUAAGGAAAUUAGGUCACGCAGAGAUCGUGACGGUUGGCCCACCUGAUAAGCCAAAAGAAGAACCAAAAAAAGAGGAAGUUGUGAAGAAACCUGAAGAGAAGAAGGGAGAUGAUGAUAAGAAGAAAGAAGAGAAACAAAUUGCUGAUCUUGUCAAGGCAUAUCAAGAUUAUAAUCCUGCUUAUACUAGAUACUAUAAUGUUCAUAGUAUUGAGGAGAACCCUAAUUCAUGUGUCAUCUCUUAAUUCAUUUUCACUUAAUUUUGGAGUUUAUAUAUAUAUAUAUAUAUAUGCAUAUUGAAAUGUAUUAUUGAAGUCAAAGUUUG